AUGAAAAAGUAUGCUUCAGAUGACGGUAUUUAUCUCUCUCAAGCUAAGUAUGCUUCAGAUCUUCUUGCUCGCGCUGAAAUUUCAAAUAGUCGCACUGAGUCUACUCUCCUUGAGCCUAAUGUUCGAUUUUUCCCUAUAGAUGGAACUAUUUUGGAUAAUCCUACUCUUUAUCGACAGUUAGUUAGAGGUCUUGUCUACUUGGUUGUCACACGCCCAGACAUCGCCUAUCCAAUAUAUGUUUUUAGCCAGUUCUUAUCAGCUCCUCGUACUACUUACUAUGCGGCCAUUCUUCGCAUUCUUCGCUACAUCAAAGACACUCUAUUUCAUGGCCUUCAUUUUUUGCCCAUUUAUCUUUAUCCCUUCAGGCAUAUUCAGAUGCUGAUUGGGCUGCGAGUCAAGAAGCAAACGUUCACUGCUCGCUCAAGCACAGAAGCUGAAUACCAUACUCUUGCUGACACCACAACUGAGGUUGUCUCAAUUCGUUGGCUUCUCAAAGACUUGGGUGCUCCUCAAUCGUCUCCGAAUGAUCAUCUACUUAUUGAUACUGUUCACCUCAUAGCUGUUGGAACUCUAGAUCAGAUUGCAGAUAUCUUCACAAAGGCUCAUCAUCCUACUCGUUUUCGAACUCUAGUAUCCAAACUCAAGAUGCACCUAUAUAUACCCUUGAACAUUGUACCUUUGAGAACAACCUGA